UGUGUACAUACAUAGACUAAUUAUUAUAAACGUAAACCAGACAGAAGUUGACAACAAAACUCCACUCAUCGGUCACUAAUUGAUUGCUUGUUCGUUAGAAGUGUGAUUGAAAGGGAAUGAUGUGGAUUACUGAGCGGGUCAAGCGAAGCUGCCUUGUCAUUCUGUUGCUGAUAGUGUGCUUUUGUCAGAGAGUUUUAAGUACAGAAUGCAACAUCACAAUUCACAUCAAUUCCACAAACCCAGAGGGUGUUCUCUCAUCACCCUCAUUCCCUGGCUCCUAUGACAAGCUUCCUGAGGGGUACACCUGCUGGCUCAAGUUGGUCCCCGAUGACCCUACUAGACAUCUACAGAUCACAUUUGAGGAUUUUCAUCUGAGUGGUUCACUGAUGACAUCAUGUGACUCUGGGGAAAUGGAUACACUAACGAUAAAUUCACCAUCAAAAACAUGGGUGAACUGUGGUUGUCAACGACCACAUGUUUUAGAUCUAACGGGCCAAGAGAUUCGAUUUGAACUUCUUGUGCAGGCAGCUCGGACCAGCGACGCAUCCUCCAGAUUUUAUGGAGCUAAAUACAAGUAUCUAACACCUACAGAGUAUAUGGAGCUUAGAGAUGUCUAUUUCUAUUCCGAUUCCACCAAACUGGACAUUGGGAACGGCUACAAGCUCUCCGAGUGGCCGGCUAAUGCCCUUCCCACCUUCUUCAACAGUGAAUUCAUUGAUGUGUUAUAUUACAUUGAAGCUGCCCCUGGAAUGAAGAUUAGUGUGGCGGCCGAUUUUGUGACCAACAGAGUUGGUACAAGUGUUGUAGUAAUUCGAGAUGGCAUCACCUCGCAAGCAGCUGCUCUCUAUGAGGGCUCACUAGAUACUAAGGCAUCAGUCAUCUCUAGUCAGGAGUCUAUGUACAUCCGAUGGUAUGGACUCAUACAAGACUCAAGGAUAACACUCAGGAUUGAAGUCACUGCCUUCAGGGACCCUGUUUCGGCAAAUAACUGUGGAAGCUCAGACUAUUUUUACUGCACUAAUAACCGAUGUAUAAAGACAUCACUAACAUGCGACUCUAUUGACAACUGUGGGGAUGGGUCGGAUGAAACUAUGGACAGCCCAGAGGACAUAUGUCAUGGUGACAAUAACUGCGACAGUUCACCGUGUCUGAAUGGUGGAACCUGCUCCCCUGUGACCAAACCGUCGUGUCUUUGCCCAGGUGGAUACUGGGGUGACAUCUGUGAAUUUGGCAAUUCUGAUUGUGAAUCAGCACCCUGUAAAAAUGGAGCAUCGUGCCAGCCGUUUUCAACUGGGCCUGGUGUACACUGUGUAUGUCUCAGUGGUUUCUACGGACAAUACUGCGAAACACACAUGUCUCUUGGCUGCAAGACGCAUGAGGAGUGCUUGAAUGAUGGAACAUGUGUGGAUGGAAGUUGUUUCUGUAACGAGAAUUACUACGGAAAUCACUGUGAAUAUUAUGAUAUCAAUUCGCUGAACGAUGAUAAUGUUCGAGGCAAAGCUAAAGAUAACACCACCUCUAAUACGGACUACACAGACCUCCAGCAUACUAGUAUUAUGAUUGGAGCAUUCGUUGGUGCUGUGUGUCUUCUCUCUAUAUGUUGGCUGAUUGCAAUGGCACGCAAACGCCAAUACGACGAACCCAACCCAAGGAUUCAAAGAAUAGUCAGUGUACAUAGUAGAGAUGAAAGAGGCAUGCGGCCAUCUGUAACUGCAACGGGAGCGAUUGAUCUCCCACCGACGUAUUCCGACUGUGUUAACGAAACAGGAACGCCAAAGGUCGGCAAACGAGGCGAUGUUCAUACAAUAACGGAAGAAAGUUUGGACGACACGGAUGGAGAUGUAUUCACGGCAGACGAUGAAGGACCACCUCUGAGUCCACCACCGGCAUAUGAAUCAGUCGCAUUGAGUGAAGAAGACGAGGAUGGUAUUUCUUUUCAAGUGACGGGCUCCGCUUUACCAGAUGUAGUCAAUCAAGAUAGAGUACCACAGCGGCUGACAUCCAAUCAUCUCGACACGGAGGUCUGACACAAAUCUCGGGAAAGUACUGAGUUUACAGUGCUAACACACAUCGGUGUAUGGGGAAAACCAAAAGGAAUAGUCUUAAUCCCGAUGCAAAUUUAACAUGUGUAUCCAACUUGGUUUACAUACAUCCUAUAUUGAGCUUGAGGAAUGCUUAGAUCCAGGUUGAUCGAACCCAGUAACUUGCAGGUGUUUCAGGGAGUUUUUUUUCUUUUGAGCAGAGAAUGUCACAUUGCAGGAUGAACUGACCAGUUCAGUCAGGAACUGACUAUGUGGAAAGCCUGUAGGAAGGUUUACCCGGAAUCGUAUAGGAAGCCCUAGGCAUUUGUGAUAUAUGAGGAAAUCUUUACCAUUUCCUGAAUUUACGUUUAAAAGAGAAAGGUACUGCAGUGGUUUUUGUGACAGAGCUUUUUUUAAAACAUUUUUUACGGAAUUCAAGUUUGCCACUCAGGGCCCUGUGGAAAACCUCAAUGUUUGUGAACAGGUUACCCUGAUAAAAGAGAGUCAAGGGUUGGUAAUACCGCUAUUCUUCAACAUUCACAGCCAGAGUAAUUAUUUUUGAAUAUAAACACAAGCUUUCAAUCACAGUGCGAUUCAGCUUAAAUACUUUUUUAAAUUUUUCUACGAAAAGUUCAAUAACCUUUACAGGACAAACAAAGACAGAACACCAAUGGUGUAUCAUCUGAUUACAAUAUUUAAAAAUUUAACAAUUUGAAGAUGAUAAACUGCGUAAUUUUUAUAUUUCAACUCUGUAUAUAAUGAUAUAGGGAAUUUUCUGUAAAUGAUGAUUGCUUGUAUAUAUUUCAGCAUUAAACCUUUCAAAUGAAGUUAUUUUGAUAUUUUCAAUCUGUACUAUAUACAUGUACUGUACAUGUAUGCUUGCUACUUUUUCACUUCCAAGUUUGGGCAUUUGUUUUAAAUGUACACUCUUAUUGAUCCAAGUCUAAUCUUCCAUUUUUGACAUUUUACACAUUUUCAAGACACUAGAACAAACUUUUCAGGAGGAAAAACUUUAUAUCCGACCACAGUUAUAACAUCUAAAUAUUAAUUUGUUUGAAGAUCACACACAGAAUCAUUUGUGUAGUUUUAUACAAAUUGUUUCGUUUUCAGCAUUCAGAGAUAGGGGCAAGUUUGGACAUGGACAUUCGCUAACUAUGGUUCAACUGUAACUUCACCUGGAUAUAACCUUUUAAGUGCCUGCUUCACAAGUUAACCAAAGCAUUUCCUUUUUAUUAAUGGACACGCCUAGAAUCUAGAGUUUGAAAAUGUAGAGGAUGCUGGUCAUCUUCUAAUGCAUAAAUUUAUUCCAUAAUCACUCUUAAACUGAAUGGUAAUAAAAACUUUUGGUUAGAAGCCCACAGCAGCAAUUAAUAGUAUAAAUCACUUCACUUUGUAGUAAUGUGGAAAGGUAACAGUCUUGUGCUUCAAAAUUUGAAUUUGAGAAACAUUACUGCAAUAACACUUGUCCGAUUGUGUAUUCCUACUGGGGAUUAUUUUUCUUGAACAUAAAUGUUUGCUACGGAUUUUACGGCAGUAUUUCAAUAACGCAUUGUGCCUUUAACAAGGUAAAGACCCAACAAUGUUAGACAAUUACUCUGUGUCCAAACUUGCUCAAAGCUGUGCUUGCUACUGAUAAUUAGAUGUAGCAUUAUGGUGCUCAGGCAAGUGCCUUGAGUUUUCCCAUAAAACAAGGUUUUUAAUAUUAAGCUUUGCGCAAUCAAAUUAUUACAGAUUUCCACAAAAAAAAACAGGUAUAUUUUUGAAAUUAAAUGAACUGUUUUACAAACUCCUAAAUUGAAGGGAUUAAAUAUUUUCUAGAAAGAUAAAAGAGACUCAUACUUAAAACUAUCUGAAAUGCAAUUCUUGAAGCUUGUUUCCAUUAUAAUCUUUCAAUGUUUCAAUGAAUGUACCGAUUAUUCAUCCCUUUUUUUGUUAAUUCUCGACUUCGGAACGGUUUAAUUUAAAAUUUUGUAUUUUGCAACUUUACUUCUUUGUUAAAUUUUGUUUCUUCUUUAAUACACUACUAGCUUCUAUUUUGCCACACACGACACACGUUUUAGCUCAAACUUGGAAAAGAUCAAUUUCAUUCGAAGGUAUAAUCUGAGCAUGUUUAAAUCAAUUUUAUGGGAAUUUUUCCCAGGUAAUUGUUAUCCGGUUAUAAUUUUGGCUUUUCUUAAUUUUAAUGUCACGGUGUAAAUUUGUAUUGGAUUAAGUGAAAUAUUUCUUUUGUAUAUUAACUCUUUUAUAUUUGUGAACGAACAAUGAACACAAUAAAUUAAAUUUAAACAAGAAGUUCAA